AUGCCACAAGCCAAGGAGGAGUUCAUCGCGAUUGGACUUCAACCUGCCAACCAGUGCGCAAAGAAGAGGGCAGGCUUGAGUGCGAUGAGGUUAUCACGAUGCCGACUGCUGUACCUGUGCUGCGGGAUCGCCGUCACCGUCGGUCUAUUUGCCACAUUGCUACGGCCAAGCACAGUGACAGAAUACGCAUCUGCUGCGGCGAAGCUCUCGCCCUCCUCGCGAAUCCCCGCCGGCAUGCAUGUUGAAUUGGACGCCCUGGAGGCCGCUGACCCUGCCGCUUCUGCUGCCGCCGUGGCAGCCAUAGAUUCAGCCAGCCCGAAACUUUUGCAGGAGCUGUAUCGCCUGGCGCGAGAUGACGUGCUGGGGAUACUUGGCGAUGAUGAUGGGGCAAAAGCGUGCGUCAACUGGAGAAAAAAGCCUAACCAGGGGUGCACCGACCCCAGCCAGUGCGGAAAAGGGUGGCUGUUCCGGCGAAAGGGCUUGCUGCUAGCCGUGAUGUUCACCGCAGGGGGCGAUGACGGCGAAGACCCUUCAGUUGCAACAACCGCAGUCCAAACAAGCAGCGGGACCGCGGGAAGCGGGGCCCCCACAGAUUGGAUCCAUGUCGCGGAAGGAGGGGACAGGCGGGAAGGCCUCUCGCCGCAUGAAUGGAGUGCGGGGACGCCUGGGAUGAUGACCGUGGUGGGGUUGAGGGAGGGGGCGGACGGAGAGCUGUCCGACUGCAACAGCCGAGACCUCAGCAUGCUGCUGAGGCUGCAAGGCCCCGAAGCGUUGGCUGAGGCCGCGAUGCCUGUUGCGGGAAGGUGUGCGUGGACCGUGCUGUUCCAGCCCACGCUGGAGGGUGUCUACACGCUGGACGUAACGCUCCUCGACUGGAGAGGCGGCCUCGAGGCGCACCAGUCAUUAUGCACCGAGGUGGCCGGGCAGUACGGCGAGGGGUCCGUGGAAAUGGACGCUGUCAGGGACGGUCCUUUCUACGGCAAUUUCGAGGGGUGUUGCACCCUGUGCACCCGCAGGGAAGGCUGCGUGGCGUGGUCGGCGACGAACGACCCGAGCAAGGCCCUCGUCAACGGGAGCAGGCGAGGCACUUUGGGUGGGGAUGACGGCAGGUGUGUCCUGUACUCGUUGGUGACUCGCCAGCCCGUGGAGGACAAGCAGCUCAAGGGAGCCGUGCGCAGCGGCACGCCGAGGGCGGAGGAGUCGAUGACGUACCUCGGCCCCUCCAUGUCGAUCGCCAGAAGGCCCGGCGGCGGGGUCCCCACAACACCACUGCCUCGUGAAGGGCGAUGGGUUAGUCUUCGUGACACCAAGUGCAACCUUUCGCCUGAAAUGGUGGACCUGUGGGGCUGGCCCACGUACGACAAGGACAUGUUCGGAAGCGCUGCGAUGCCAGAGGCGUGUUUCCUCAAGCCUGCUGACAGACGAAAACCCACAGAGGAGCUCAAGCAUGCUCAAGGGGGGUAUACAUGGCAGCCCUACGACUGUCGCUACGACCUCAUGGACACGGACACCCGACUGAGCUGCUUCCGCGAAAAGAACAUCACUAGGUUCCUUGACUUCGGAGACAGCCUGAUAUCUACCAGCAGGAUGGCACGAACCGCGUUGUGGCUUCCUACUGCGGAUUCCUCGGUGUGGUCCACGGGAGGAGGGGAGAACAAGAUUGGGGAAGGGGCGAAAGAGUCAGGUUGCGUGGGCGGGCCGAUCCAGUACUACGGCGAGGCCCGCCACCAGGAUGAGCACGACGGGUCGGGCUCGACUGCCACAACGAACCGGUACUGCGGCGUGGAAUCCUACUGGCAGGUCAAGCCGGGCCAAGUCAGGAACCUGGUGACAUCGUUCAAGCCGGAUGUUGUCCUGGCGAACUGGGCACUGGUGCACCGAUUGUGGCACCACACGCUUGACGAGUUCCAGACGUUUCUGAAGCAGCUGGGCCGGCAGCUUGACGGCAUGACAGAGCAAGACGGGCACAGACCCAGUGAUGAAAAAUAGCGAUCGAGCGGCGGGGCUUGUCAUGCGGGUGCCAGGGGCGGAAAGGGGCGGCAGCCUUUGGACACGCUCGGUACUUGUACGGAUAUUCGAAACCAAGUAGGCGCAUAUCAAUGUCGAUGUAUAUGAUUAAAUCUGUAUUCGGAGUUUGCAAAAGUUCAGGGACGCCUGACGGUACACGACAACGAUGAUGACGUGGUACUCCGUGUGUGUGUGUGUGCACAGAUACAUGUUUUGGCUUUCGGCUCCCUUCUUGGUGAGCGAGAGAGAACCGCACUGUGUGCUUGAACGAGGCCUGCAGUUCACGAAGGCGUUGAGAGGCCUGCUGGAGCCAAGGGGUUGGAUCGAGAUAAAUUGGGUCAGCAUGACGCGGAAAUGGGGAGUGGAUAUCUUGGACGGCAUGCACCACGGAGAGCCGGCAACCCGAAUGCUGGCGUACUUGUUGAUGCACCACGUAUGCCACGCUUCCGAUAGCGACCGAUAGUACUUUAGCUCGUGGACAACAACCACACCCACGACCACCGGUGGUCUUCAGAGAAGCUUGCAAAACCUUGAUGCUCCCGAGUUGGGGUCCUAGCGGCCUGGAAGUCGUGAAGAUUCUCUUCGAUAACUUCUGGGAGCAGGAACGAUGGGGCAAUCUCCCUGCUUGGAUUGCGUUGGCGUGUAGGCGCGCUCUCGGUGUCUCUUGGGGUACACUACCCCCAAGAGUUUUUUUUUCAAUGGACGCGAGGCGGUAUUGGUGUUACUGUGUCAUUUAAGUAAGCGCCGUCCGCACGAAACAACGCGUGUACGCCCAUCCCCAAACAUUGGCAGGUCGGUUUUUCGUACGCAAGGGGUAUGUGUGGGAAGUAGCCAGGUAGAGGAGAAAAUUAGGCGGAGAAUACAUCAUCCCGAUCGGGCACUAGGCAUACUUAUAUCGCUGCAGUCUAACUUUGAGCCGAGUUGACAAUCUUCGGUUGUUAAUCUUACUUUUAGUUACAUCUGUUAUUUAAUGGUCUUCAAUAGUUUCCGUGACCUUGCGUUGAAGAGCGGUAGGCCGCGGUUCUUGCGGUUUUACCUUGUCCAACGUCCCACGUGUUGCUGCGAUUUUCUGGAGUACUGUAGUAUUUUGUUUUGGCAUAAAAAUCGUUUUUUGCGUCGUCGUGAUUUUCUGCUGUCGUGCGUUGUUUAGGUAGUUCGACGAUGGCUAUGGAAGGCGUCUCCUGUCGAUUGGAUAAGCAUGGAAUCAGAGGGUACCGAACAAUUACGGAAACGAUUGAUUUUGGAUGUGAAGAUAACGACAUACACAGCAGCACCAACGCACUGACUGUCACCCUAAAACUACGUGCUUGGGAUUUGAGCGACGGAAAUUCUUGAAGGUUUUAUUUGCCGACGGAAAUUCUAGAAGUUUUUUUGGGGGCGUUGAGAUUGCUAGGCAGGCUAUCCGCCUUGUCUUGGAAGCCGUGUUUAGCCUAUCGUGUGACAUUGGGAUAGUUGACGUGAAGUCCACGUCGGCGAGGCAAAUAACGUCGUCGGACUAUGCCUUUCCGAAUAUACAGCUGGUUUUAUAUUGAAAUCUGCUACGAAGUUUUGUAUGAAAAGAAACUGGGAUGAUGGAACCACUUUUUAUUUGCCGUUUUCAGGCCAGCAUUCGAGUUGCGGUGGGGUGUUUUCGAUUCUCAAACAUUCGCAAGGCCUGAGCUGGUUGUCGGACAGGUCGAGCAACGUCAGUUUAUUGAGAGUGCCGAGUAAACGUCGUCCUGCAGCACUUGUAACCUACUCUAUUCAAAGUCUUUUGUGAGGGGCGGAGUGUUACAAUGUAAAGGUUCAACAGCGACCAGCCAGGUGAGUGAAUAAGUACGUGCAGUUUUUAACCACCACACCAUGGUGUGAUAGUCAGGUUUAUCAUGUUUUCGUUUCGUGCUAUGCAUACAGUGUAUAUCCCUGCUGCAAUCGCGCAUCUUUUGCCGUAGUAUGCAUAUAGACUACAAGAUCCCCCUUCGGAGGUGGCUUGCACUGUCUGUCUUGAACACAGGGGGCGGUGCAAGGGGAAGGCAAACAGUACUCAGGAUAGAAAAAUUCAAGCAGUGUAAACUGGAGACAGAGUAGAGUAGUGCAAAGAAUUAGGGUGGAAAACGUGCAAAGUGU